UUUUUUGUGCUCAUAUCAUAAAUACUUGAGAUAUUUAAUUUACUUCUUGCCUAGAAGAAGUUGUUGUCAGAGCAUAGAAAUCAAGGCAUGGAAUUAGAAUAGAAACUUUGUGAGAGAGAAAGUGUGUGUAGCACAACUGAGAUUCUAUCAUUUUUAUUUUUAUAAUUAUAUCAUCAUUUGAAGCUUUAUUGCAUUAAAAAUGAGGCUAGAGUGAAUUCUAAAAACUCUUUGGAAUGGCUAGUUUUCAUUGGGAGAAAAUAGAUGAGACUUGCUUUUGUUUUGAUUUCAGAAGAAGACAAGAAGAAGGCAAAUGCACAAAACAAAAACAAGAAAAACAAAAGCAAGAAACAGAAACUGGUCAUUUGUUUGGAAGAACGACACAAGUACAUACAAGAAUGGGUUAUUUCACUUCUAGUAUUCAGAUCCUUCCAAUCAUUUCCUCAUUUGUAUACUUCCUUUUGCUGUUUACCACUCUUUUUCCGACCACAUCAGCAUCACGAUUUGAAGAUUUCCAACGAAUGAAUCAAACGUUCCGGCCAGGCGAAGAAUCAAAGAAAAUGAGAUUGAUUAGAACACAUCUCAUGAAAAUCAACAAACCUUCGGUCAAAACAAUUCAGAGUCCAGAUGGGGACAUAUUGGAUUGUGUUUUAGCUCAUCAUCAGCCAGCUUUUGACCAUCCUGAGUUGAAAGGAACAAAGCCAUUGGAACCACCAGAGAGACCAAAUGGGCAUCAUUAUCAUCAUCAUGAGGCGGGGAUGGAGUCGGAAAACUAUCAACUAUGGAGUUUAUCGGGCGAAUAUUGCCCUGAAGGAACAAUUCCGAUCAGAAGAACGACAGAAGAAGAUGUAUUACGUGCAAAUUCCAUCAAACGAUUCGGUAGGAAAAAUAUAAGACCAGUUAGACGGGAUUUCUCAAAUAAUGAUGGACAUGAGCAUGCAGUUGGGUAUGUAAGUGGAGAACAAUAUUAUGGAGCGAAAGCAAGCAUAAACGUGUGGGAUCCGAAGGUGACGGAUAGAUUUGAGUUCAGUCUGUCACAAAUGUGGGUUAUUUCGGGUUCUUUUGGUGAUGACCUCAACACCCUUGAAGCUGGCUGGCAGGUUAGCCCAGAGUUGUAUGGGGACAACUACCCUAGAUUCUUCACUUAUUGGACUAGUGAUGCAUAUCAAGCUACCGGAUGCUACAAUCUGCUAUGUUCGGGUUUUGUUCAAACAAAUAAUAGGAUUGCGAUCGGGGCAGCAAUAUCUCCAACUUCAUCAUAUAAUGGUGGACAAUUCGAUAUUAGCUUAAUGAUAUGGAAGGACCCGAAACAUGGAAAUUGGUGGCUUGAGUUCGGAUCAGGGGUUUUGGUUGGAUACUGGCCAGCCGCUUUGUUCACUCAUCUUCAGGAUCAUGCAAGUAUGGUACAAUUUGGGGGCGAAGUUGUGAAUAGUCAAGCCUCGGGUUCUCAUACAGCAACCCAAAUGGGAAGUGGGCAUUUCUCGAGUGAAGGGUUUGGGAAAGCGUCGUAUAUUAGAAACAUGCAAGUCGUAGAUUGGGAUAAUAGUUUGAUCCCCUUGUCUAAUAUGAAAGUCUUAGCUGAUAAUCCAAACUGCUAUGACAUUAGAGGUGGGAUUAACAAUGUUUGGGGUAACUAUAUUUAUUAUGGUGGGCCGGGCAGAAACUCGAGAUGUCCCUAAAAUGGGCCGGGCUAUCUGUUUCUUGUGCAGUACAAAUACACAUGGGUGAAUUUUUACAGUCGCUUUUGUUACUUUAUUUCGAUUGGGUAAUCGAAAUUCUUGUCAUAUGGGUUAUUCUUUCAAUUUUUCGGCUCUUUAGUCGAUUUAUAGAGUUAAAGAAUCAUGUAAAUUUGAGAUUUUGAGUUUUAAUGGUUCAUAUGUUAUGGUUUGUCU